UACAGCGGGACUUGCUGGGACUAGCUAGUUCUGAGGCGUGAUUUGGGCAGAUAACGCCACAUACCGGAAGCCCGGGGAACGUCUUCCUGGCUGAGAAACAAAGACACCCCAGAAAGAGAGAAAGCUAAAAAAUACGGAAUGGCCACAAUUACAAGUACAGCAUGGACCUGACAACUGCGGAGCGUCCAGUGAUUCCUCGCAGUGGCUGAAACCUCAGACGUCGGCACCUCGGGGCGCGCUGGAGCCGCGGGGAAUCUUUGUUCACGUCUUUUUUUCAUGGGACACAACCGGGUUUCCCCUCCGCUUUUUGUCCACGUCCCUACCGCCGUGACAGCGCUCCACUCGGCUGGCUUCGCCUGGCCGCAGAGGCUCCCGCGUUGCAUGGACUCUUAACGGUAGUUGUUGGGGCUCUUCUGGCGGACGCUGCAGUCAUGUUCGCCGUGCGUAUCGUCACCGCGGACUUUUAUCUGGCGGCUCCCAUUAAGGACCUGGACGUCUGCUACUCUGAAUUCAGGGAGAGCGGCGUGAAGAAAGUGCCGGUUGUCCGGAUAUUUGGAGCAACACCUGCAGGACAGAAAACGUGUCUCCACCUCCACGGCGUGUUCCCCUAUAUCUAUGUACCGUACGAUGGCCACGGCCAACAGCCGGAGCACUACCUGCGGCAGGUGGCCUUCAGCAUCGACAGGGCCCUCAACGUUGCCAUGGGAAACCCCGCCUCCGGCGCCCAGCACGUGUUCAAGGUGGUGCUGGUCUCUGGCAUGCCUUUUUAUGGCUACCACGCGAAGGAGAAGCACUUUAUGAAGAUCUAUCUGUACAAUCCUCAGAUGGUCAAAAGGGUGUGUGAGCUGUUGCAGAGCGGAGCGGUGAUGAACAAGAGCUACCAGCCUCACGAAGGCCACAUCCCCUACCUGCUGCAGCUCUUCAUAGACUACAACAUGUACGGCAUGAACCUGCUUCACUUGGGGGCUGUCAAGUUCCGCAGAGGCCGGAGCAAAGAAGACGCAGCGACGGUCGCAGACACGCCGACUCCCGGCGGUCGUCCCAGCAUCAGCACCAAUAAGAGCCCCUGCUCCUCCAAGCUGAGCGACAGCGCCCUGGGCGGCACCUUCGUCCGCUGGGAGGAGAACGCCAUACCCUGCUCCCUCAUCCUGGAUGAGGUGGCGAGGCAGAGCACCUGUGAGCUGGAGGUCGAUGCUGUGGCUGUCGACGUCCUCAACCGCCUGGAAAUUGAAAAUCAGAUCGGCAGGAACCCGGGUCUGCAGGCCAUCUGGGAGGACGAGAAGCAGAGGAGGAGAGAGAAGAACCAGGUCUCCCACAUAGAAACCCCCGAGUCACAAGAUCGCGGGUUCGUCACUUCGACGGAGAGCGAGAAGAUCUUCAUGAAGAGAUUCAAGGAGAUCCUGAAAGAGAAUGAGUUUGACGUGACACAAGGCUCGCCCCUUAGCGACGGGGAGGACCAGGAGGAUCUACUCGGUGAAAUGACCCUCCAUUCCGACCCGCUGACCCCAGAGGGACCGCCGUGUAUCCCGGCUAACGCUGUGGAGGUGCACAGGCAAUCGCAGCCAGACUCUGUGAGGAGCAGUGGUAAAGUCCCAGAGGAGGCCGUCGUGGAUGAGGAGGCCAUCUUGAGUCUCCUGGAGAACAGCCAGACCUUCCUCCCGCUUACCCAGCACGCCAACCACUCGCCCCUUUUAGACAGCAGCCAGGACCAAGCCAUCCUCGAUUUGCUGGCAGGGCUGGAGAAUGAUGGUUUCUGCGGGAACCCCGUUCGACAGAAUUCCCAGUCACUUCCUGGAGACCGGAGCUACCGCUGCAACAGCGACGAGGAGGAGGAAAGUCCGGAGCUGGACAAGGUUGAGGCCGAGCUCAGCGUCGUAAUGUCCCAGCGGUGGGACAACGAGCCUCCCGAGAACUCUCCGUCACCAAGGCCCGGCGCGAAGGAGCCAGACGACUACUUCAGCGACGAGCAGCAGGAGUCCUCCGACGAAGACAUGGAGUGGAGUGGGAAUAACUCUCUGUUCGCCAACCUGUCCAUCCCCCAGCUCGACGGGGCCGCGGACGAGAGCAGCGAUUCAUCCUUAACGGACAGUGGCUCCAGGACCCAGUCUUCUGUCAUCGUCUCAGAGAAGAUGCUCGGAAAAAGGAAUCCCUUUUCCGGGGAGACGGUUCACCGGGAGCCACCUAAUUCAGCAAAGAUAUUUCUUGAGCACAGACCAGUUCAUGUGCUGGACACGGAGCAACCACUUGACAAGCACUUUCAAUCAAAAAGCAGCCAGGACAGCAGUAGUGAAUGUUCAACAGGGUUCAAGUUUAAUAAAGAGAUUCCCUACAUCCCGCCAGUCAAACACCCCAUCCCUUGCAAGUUAUCCAGUCACCCCGAGGUGUCUCCCAUCUGCGUAGACAAACAGAACAUACGGCCCUUGUACACAUAUGACAAGAAAACCUCCAUAGCUUUGGACAAGACCGAUCUAGAAAGUUUCCCAUUUGGUAACGGAAUGGUCACCAAAAACGGGAAGAAGUACGGCAGCAUAAAGAAUGUAGAAACAAACUGUCUGUCCAUUCUCCAGAACCAUAGGACCUUCUCUCUCUGUUACUCAGAGCUGAGAAACUGCUCAGCUAAGACAGAGCUGGACAUGAGCCAGAAGGAUGGUAAAAGCCCCAUCCUGAGGAACAUCUCCUCAGCCCCGUCAACCCUGGUGGAUCAUCAGGAGGAAGAAAUGGGCCAGGACAGUGAGGAGGGAGAUGUCGGUGAACUCAAAAUCAGGUACGAGGACUAUCAGGAAAACAAGACUGAGAGGACUAUUGUGGCCCAGCAGGAAGCACAUUACAAGUUCUUCCCAAGUGUCAUCCUCUCCAACUGCCUCAGUAGGAAGAAAGCUGGGAGCAAAAAGCCGGCAGAUCCCUGCAGCAAGCUUGAACAGGCCCAGCCUCGCAGGUCUAGGCUAAACGUGUAUAAAAAAGGGUUGGGAAUGGCUGGACAGAGGAAUAAAAUAAGCAUAUUUGAAAGCUCUACUUCUGACAGCCAGGAUAGCACGUGCCUCACCUCAACCAUGCCUGCUUGUCCAGUGACUGUAGACAAAGAGAUGCCAGUUUUGGAGAAUAAGUCAAUAAAAGAGGCAAAGCCAAUUGAAGAUGUGCCAAUCAUGGAGGAGGAGCCAAUCACAAAGGAGGAGCCACAAAGUGAGGAUAGGUCUGGAAGUGAACAGAUGGAAGAAACGGAACCACUUUCAGAGCCCACCAUCACCACCGUCUCCAGUUUUUCCUCAGAAGUUAAAGACUCAGCAGAGGAUAGGUUAAGCCCAUUUCAUGAUUUAUCAGCAACGGUCACCUGUACUAAACCUUCUGCGCUGCCUGGUAGUAAAUACACCCUGAGAGCCAAACGGAAGAUGAUCUUUGAUGGCGAGGAUGGAGAAUACUCAGGUGCCAAUCGUUCUAAAAAUCCAGCCUCCGUCAAAGAACGGUUUAAGGACAUCGAUGUCCCCAGUGGAUCGGAAGUAAAAAGCCAGAAACGCAGCAGGAAGGAACCCCCUAUCAUUAUCAAGUACAUUAUCAUCAACCGGUUCAAAGGACAGAAAAACAUGCUGGUGAAGAUGUCCAAAGUGAAUGCAGAAGAGCAGUUGGUGAUGUUGACGUCAGACAAGCUCGAUCAGUACAAUAAACUAGCGCCUCUUAAGAAUUUCUGGCCCACGGUGCCAGAAUCCGCUGCCGUCAAGUUUCCAAUUUCUGAGCCAAAGGCAAAAAAAAUACCCCAAAAAAAGGCGAAGGUCAACUCCACAAAUAAGAAAACGAUCUGCAACUCCUCCAAACCUCAAGUCAGACAGGGUGACAGAGUCAAAAGGACUAAAGGUUGUCAGAGAGGUCCAAUUCUGCCCUCUCUACCGCCCCCUAUGCCAUGCUACAGUGAGCUUGCGGACGACCAUGACCAUGAGUAUUCUGAUGUCAUGGUAGAGUUGGGCUACCUUUCUGAUAGAUCCCCAAGUCCUACAAACUCAUCACCCCCUCGUUGUUGGUCCCCAAGUGACCCUCUCAUGGACACCAAGACUUCAGAACAGCUGAUGAACCCACUCAGUGAUCCAUGUCUUAGUUCUGCUUUUCACAAGACACACACAGUAUGUUCAACCAAAAGAGCACAAAAAAAGUGUCAAACUGCCAAACCUAAGAGAUCCACAGACGCUAAAAGGAAAGUAAGCAAGUCUGUUACUAAGCCGGAGGAGGAAACCAAAAAAGAGAAAUCAAGAUCAAGGAGUGGUGCUGCUCCAAAGCAGAGGAAGAAAGCUAAAGAUAAAACAGAACGCAUCUCCAACAGUUCUAAAACCCCCACAAGACCGAGAAAGACCCGCAAAAAGAAAACCGAGGAACACAAAAGCAAUGACUCGAGUCAAGACAACUCCCAGCUUCUUUUCCUGGAGGAUGAGGUACCCCCGUCCGUGAGUUCCUCUCAAGACGUCCCUCCAUUUCAGCAGCCAAUGAGCACAGAUGGCAACAGCCAGAGUAGUUUGCAGCCAGAAUCUAAUUCAGACUCUAACUUAGUAGCCCAGUCUAUAGAACCAAAGGUUGAGGACUGUGAGACUUCCAUCAUGGAGGUCAAUCAAAGCUUUUCAGUAUCGGCUGAGCUGAAGCAGCAGGGUUGCCAGACCACUGUGGUAAAGUUAGAGGCUUCACAAGAAAAGUGCACGGCUCCUCCAUCUCCUCUGGCUGGUAGACCACUACUGGAAGACGGUAAAGACUCCAAAGCUUCCCCACACUCAGGCCCUAAGAAUGGGCAGAUCCCCACUCUCUCUGAGACCCCCUCUGGCUUGGCUGUCCUCAAGCAGCUUCUCCAGAAGAGGCAGCAGGGACAUGCUCUUCCUAUACAAGUGGUUGGUGGAGCUCAGGCCACAGCACUACAAGAUCCAACAUCCAAACCAGUCAGAUCCAGAAGAGCUCCCUCCACCAUUCCACGGAAACCCAGGGCCCCAAAAUCUACCAUCCCCAAGGAUAAAAAGCCCAGAAUCAGGAAAGGCAAAGCAAGCAGCACUGAGCCAAAUUUAUCGGUGAAGCAAGAAGGCAACAUGUCUGAUGACUGCCCCAUCUUCCUGUCAGACCCAGGCCUGGACAGCUGCAACUACAUAGAGGACAGCUUGUCACCUGAGCUCCCACACAACUAUGCUUUUGAUAUAAAUGCCAUUGAUCAGACAGAGUUUUCAAGCCCAUACAGUGGCAGUCAGUUUGUCCUGACUGACAAGAAUUUACCAGUUAAGUUCUUGAGUGAUGUCAACCAGGAAGCUGUAUCUGCCCAGGCACUGGGCUUUGAGAAGAAACUUGAUCGGCUAUUUGAUUCUGGGGAGGAGCUUCAAAGGGGCUCUGACUGGCACAAAGCAAGGCCCGUCAGCCCAGACCUCUUUGAUAGACCCGAAAACGGGGAGUCUGUAUCAAAUAACCUCACACUCCUCGACUCAGAGAAAACCAAGAGCAGAGAGUGGGACUUCUCUUUAGGUAAAGCCCACACCCUCAGCCCCUUUCAAGACUUCCACUGUGAGAGAAAAGAGCUGCUCUUUUCCGUCUUCGACUCUGUCCUACCUUUGCCUUUGAGCUCUGCAUCAUUCGUCGACCACGAGGGCUCUCCAACAGGGGAUCUUCUGGAGGGCAUUGAUGGACUUACGUCAACUACACCUAGUAGCUCUCCACGCUCCAUCAGCUCACUAUCCCAGGUGAGGGCAAACCAGCUGCUGCGGGGAGCAGGAAGUGGAGCCCACGUCCUCAAGCCCCUCAUGUCCCCUCCAAGUCGGGAGGAGAUCCUCGGCACUCUGCUGGACCUGGAGAUGUCGGAGGCCACAUUCCAGGAGCCAUUCUGCAGCAACCCCUCUGAUGUGCCAGGGAAACCAAUGGAAGUUGGCGGCCGUAAGCUAAUGGUGCAUACCAGGCUGACGAAGGAGCUAGCAGAGUUCAGUGGAGACCUGUGUUUGGACGGCCUCCAUUUCUGGAAGACGGCGUUUGCAGCCAUGACGCACCCCGCCAUCACUAUAACCUCAUCUCCCCAAGCAUGGGGCGCUCAGGCCUCAGAGCAAAGUAAGGACCACACCGAGCUCAACCCGACCUCCGCCAGUGACAAGAAAGUCAUCCUUCUCCCCUGCAAAAACCCACCGAGCAGAGAGCGUGUGCAGCUAUGGCUGGAAGCCAGGAAACAGUACGAGAGUUUACAAAAAGGACUGCUGAAGAAGGAGAGGGUUGGGCUGCACGUGGAGGGGAACCCAGAAAGAACAGAGCAGCCAGCUGCUGCCGGCUGUCCAGCCGUGAAGGUGGAGCUCUGCGAGAGGCUCUCCGGUAUCAGGCUGCAAAGGAGAAAGAAGUGCAACCUGUCCUUAAUCAUAACACCCACGAAGAACACAGGCUCUCAUUGUGAAUCCGCAGCGGUGAGUCCAGUUUCGGAUGAAGGCUGUGUGGAUAUUGAGCAGCAGCGCAAAGAGAACGACGAUCGUGACGAUCAAACCCCCUCUCCAGAGUCCCCAGGGCUGCCUCCCUGGCAGCAGUCCUGUCAGACCAGUCCCUUGGGGCCAGACCGACUCGGCGAGAGCCGGCAAAGCAAAAACUCUCCAGAACUGCUGUCACCUGGGCCCUCUAACUCCCAGGAGAGAGUCUGGCAGAAUCCCAGUCCUUCGCUCCUCCAUCUCAGUCCCAGUGAAGAGGGGAGGACGAGUCCCCAUCUCCUUCACAGCACCCCCUUUUUAAGGAGGCGGCGGAGAAGCAAGGAAGAUCUGGAGCCAGUGUGCAGCACGCCCAUAUCUGAGGAGGAUCCCAUUUCUCAGAGACUCCAGCAAAGGAGGAGAAGCCAUGCGGACCCACUGAGACGAGUGUUGCUAACCACACAGAUGAAGAACCAGUUUGCUGCUUUGAAUGUGCCAAAGAAUGAUAACUCUGAGAUUGAAGGGCCCAGCAUAGCCAACUCAUACGGUUUCAAAAUCAGCAUGCAAAACCUGCAGGAUGCCAAAGCUCUGCAUGAGGUCCAACACCUAACACUGAUAGGCAUGGAGCUCCAUGCAAGAACCCGACGUGACCUCGAGCCUGACCCUGAGUUCGACCCCAUAUGUGCCUUAUUCUACUGCCUCAGUUCUGAUGCUCCCCUGCCAGAUGUCGACAGCACCCAGCUGACGGGCGCCAUCGUGGUGGACAAAGACCAUCGAAGCGGUGACCAAGUAGGUCACAGAGGAACAGCACCCCUGCUGGUCAGGUCGGGUGUCUCUGGGCUGCAGGUGAUCUACGCCACAGACGAGAAGGUGCUCUUUCAGGAGCUGAUCACCGUCAUGAGGAGGUUCGACCCGGACAUCCUGGUAGGGUACGAGGUACAGAUGCGCUCCUGGGGCUACCUCUUCCAGCGGGCUGCGGCGCUCGGCGUGGACCUGUGUCAGCAGCUGUCACGAGUGCCAGGUGACUCCAAA